UGUUCAUUCAUUUUUGAAUCUGGCAAUAGUCCUUUUGCACUGUCAAAAUUUUCCUUCAACGCUUCCGGUCUUUUUAUUCCUCCGUGGCAUGGCGGAUGGUCUUAACCGCCGCUAAUAGUGUGUUUUGGAGGAAAUUUCUCGCUGUUAUAGCGAAAUGAGUUUAUCCGUAGCCCGACCUUUAGUGUCGGUGUACUCCGAGAAGAGUGAGGUGGUCGCCGGGGCUGCCUUGCCUCUGCCAUUCGUGUUCAAGGCACCCAUCCGGCCUGACAUUGUGAACGAUGUCCACGUAUCCAUGUCCAAGAAUGCCCGGCAGCCGUACUGCGUAAGCAAAGAAGCCGGUCACCAAACCAGUGCUGAGUCAUGGGGUACCGGACGCGCCGUCGCUCGUAUUCCCCGUGUGCGCGGUGGUGGUACCCACAGGUCCGGGCAGGGCGCGUUCGGCAACAUGUGCCGUGGAGGUCGCAUGUUCGCGCCGACCAAGCCGUGGCGGCGCUGGCAUCGCCGCGUCAACCUGCGCGUGCGCCGCGCCGCUGUGGCGGCCGCCGUCGCCGCUACGGGGGUUCCCGCUCUGGUGCAGGCUAGAGGUCACGUGAUCGACAAGGUGCCAGAGCUCCCGCUGGUGGUCUCCGACAAAGUGCAAGAGAUCAACAAGACCAAACAGGCGGUCAUCUUCCUGAGACGCGUCAAGGCGUGGUCCGAUGUUCUGAAGGUGUACAAGUCUCAGCGCCUGCGCGCCGGCAAAGGCAAGAUGCGCAACCGCAGACGUGUCCAGCGUAAAGGGCCUCUCAUCGUCUACAACAAGGACCAGGGUCUGACCCGCGCCUUCCGCAACAUCCCGGGCGUGGAGAUGCUGCACGUGGACAAGCUGAACCUGCUCAAACUUGCCCCGGGCGGACAUGUUGGACGGUUCAUCAUCUGGACACAGUCCGCUUUUGACAGGCUCGACGCCAUAUUCGGCUCAUGGAAGACCCCAUCCAAGGAGAAGAAGAACUUCAACCUCCCACAACCCAAGAUGGCCAACACUGACCUGAGCCGGCUGCUGAAGUCUGACGAAAUCAGAAAGGUGCUCCGUGCGCCCAACAAACGCGUGGUCCGUGCCACAAGGAAACUUAACCCACUGACCAACACGAGGGCCAUGCUGAGACUGAAUCCGUUCUCCGCUGUGUUGAGAAGGAAAGCCGUUUUGGAUCAGAACAGAAUCAACAAUCAGAGGGCUUUGGCUUUGGCUGAAAAGCGCGGUAUCAAGCUGCCGGCCGGCGAUUCCGCUGUGAAGGCGCAGGCGCUCCGCGAGAAGAGAGUUAAGUUGAUUAAACUGGCGGCGUCCAAGAAACCCAAGAAGCCAGCGCCGAAGAAGACCGCGCCCCCGCCGCCCAAGAAAAAGAAGGAAGCGGCCAAACCCAAGCCGGCGGCUAAAAAGUGAUCCAGCUAAUAAAGAUAUAUUGUAAAAUUA